AUCCCGGGAACAGUCUUAGCGUGCUGUAGUGGUCUGAGCGCAGCUCACAGGCAGACGGCAUGACCACAGUGUGCUGGAGCAGCCCACAGCCUCUCAUGUAGCCCACUGCUGUGAUCGCAAACACACACACACAUGCACUUACACAUCAAGACACACUCAGUUGCUCUUCAGGGACACUAAGAGAUUACCAGAUCAAAGAAGAUUUGACUUUUGAAUUUUUUUGUAUUUUUUUUAUUUGAUUUUCUUUAUUUCUUCUUUUUUUUUUUGUACUGUUACCACCCGCCCUUUGCCGGGUUCAGGGGUGGUGGCACAUCCUCUAAAGGGCUGCAUGAAUGACACAACGCAAAGGCGAGAAGACGACCAUCAGCAUCCAGGAGCACAUGGCCAUUGAUGUAUGUCCAGGUCCCAUUCAGCCCAUCAAGCAGAUAUCUGACUAUUUCCCCCGUUACCCACGGGGUCUCCCCCCCACAGCUCCCCCGGCCCUCAGCCGCGCCGGCUCCCUGCGGAGCACCUCUACCAGCCAGAAGUCGGAGGGCCCGGCCGCAGACGCCAAUCGGGAUGAGGACGACCUGGACCAAGCCUUCGGUGCCACCGCACUCGUGGCCAGCAAGAAAGAGGAAGAGCCAGACGUGGAAGGCUACGAUUCGGACGACUCCACUACGCUCGGUACUCUGGACUUCAGCCUUCUGUAUGAUCAGGAGAACAAUGCCCUGCACUGCACUAUCAACAAAGCCAAGCUCCCUAUACCUAGAUACAAAAAGGGACUCAAACCAAUGGAUCACAAUGGGCUGUCAGAUCCCUAUGUUAAGCUGCACCUGCUGCCUGGAGCUAGUAAGGCCAAUAAGCUCCGCACAAAGACCCUACGCAACACUCUCAACCCUGUCUGGAGUGAGACCCUAACGUAUUAUGGGAUAACUGAUGAAGACAUGGUUCGCAAAACACUCAGGAUUUCAGUGUGUGACGAGGACAAAUUCCGCCACAACGAAUUCAUUGGUGAAACCCGAAUCCCCUUGAAGAAACUCAAACCCAACCAGACUAAGAACUUCAGCAACUGUUUGGAGAAACAACUUCCUAUCGACAAGACAGAUGACAAGUCUCUGGAGGAGCGAGGGCGCAUCAUGAUCUCUCUGAAGUACAGCUCUCAGAAGUGUGGCUUAGUGGUGGGCAUCAUCCGCUGUGCCCAUCUUGCUGCCAUGGAUGCCAAUGGCUUCUCUGACCCUUAUGUUAAAACGUAUCUCAAGCCAGAUGAGAACAAAAAAUCAAAGCACAAGACAGCUGUCAAAAAGAAGACCCUCAACCCCGAAUUCAAUGAAGAGUUUUUCUAUGAGAUCAAGUAUGCUGACCUCAGCAAAAAGACCCUGGAGGUGACCGUUUGGGACUAUGACAUUGGCAAAUCCAAUGAUUUCAUUGGUGGAGUCUCUUUAGGUAUAAAUGCCAAUGGCGAGAGGCUAAAACACUGGUUUGACUGUCUGAAAAACAAGGACAAGAAAAUCGAGCGCUGGCACACGUUAACCAAUGAACUCCCUGGUUCAGGGUACAAUGACUGAGAGGCUCUCUUUCCAGUGGAUGCCCCGAUGCCUGCCCCUUUCUUACAUGAUGUCCAUGUAAAGCCCAGCAGCCUGUGAUGGAUGGAUCAACAGUCCACUGAUUUAGAGAUGGGUGCCAGUAUCUGUUCCCACACAACACACCUGCUCUAUCUCUUGUACUUUUUCUGGUGUUGAACUUGCAGUCUGAUUGUGUGGCUUGAUGUGGCUUUUGGGCUUAUAUAAGGGUCUUUAAUCAGCCUGUGCUUGUACAGCCUCAUUGAAAAUGGAGAGAUGUUGUUCCGACAGCCAACAAGAGAUCAGUUCCUGUUUUCAAAUAUUUAACCACACUCUACUGCUCUUUCUCCGUUCUCUUGAGGUUUUCUGUGUAUUCAAGAAUCCUGUUUACAGAAAUUAGCUGUCAGUAAAUGUAUCAUUAUGCGUGUGCAUCAUGGCAGCAAAGGGGCUCUGAAAAUACGCUUUCCAAAACAAUAUUGUUUACAGUCCAAAACCUUUCUGAUGCCUAUCUUAAGGCCAGGGUAUAAACUACACAAUUGUAUUUUACAGACAGAUGAUUGUGAAUAUUAUAUCGGUUGAUGGAAUUAAAGAAUUGUAGUUCUUACAAUAUAAACUCCCAACAAAUUUAAAGAGUUUUUACUUGCCCCUUCUCCUAGUUUGUCUACUUAAUGAAUGUAAUUUACCUUUUAGUUUCAGUACUCUCACUGCAAAUGAACAGUGUGCCAUUGACAUUAAGACAGCACACAGCAGAGUUUCAAUAGCCAUUUUUCUAGAGAGAAAACCGUUUACGCGAGAACACACACAAAUGCUGCAAAUGCUCUAUUAUAGAAAUGAAUACUAUGGAUUGAUUUUUGAAUUAAACACUGUGCCCAAGCCCAAUUCAUAUAUUACAUUAACAUAUUUUACUCUAAAAUUUUUCAGUCUGUAAAUCAAAAAAAAAAUGGACUGGACAAACUAUUGUUUUGAGAUUUAUUAAUAGCAUGUUUAUCUUAUUCUUCCUUUGAGCAUUUUAAAGAUGACUAAAUAUAUUUUUUUAAAUACUGUGUUAAAGUCAUUUAACAUUUUAAUUUUGUGGCAUUAAAUUAUAACCAGUGUAUUAUUUUAACCUCUCUGUGUUAUUGCAUAUUUAGCAUGCCAUUGGUGGGUAUCGUAGAUAUUAUUACUGUAUAUUUAAGUUGUUUUUUCCCUCAUUACCAGGAUUUUAUUCAUUAAGGUAAUCUCUAGAUUGGAGAUAAGAUUUCAGAUGUUGGCCAUUUAUUAAACACAUUGAAAGUCCAAGGAGAACCGUCUACAGCCCUACAAUGUAUGUUCACCAACUGAGAAACCUUAUCUCUCUUGACAGUUCAUUGUGCAAGCCACUCCUGUGACAUUUUUGUAAUCUUUUUGCUUUUGUACACAAACUCUAUGGCAUAAAAAUGCAUGCAAUGUUCUUGGGCUGUCAUUAAAAUAACUUUGCUUAAUGUUUGAUACUGCUGUUCUCCUCUGUAAAAAGAGAGUUCCUGCUCUUGGAUGCUACAGGAAUGUCAGCCUUCCUUCUCAAACCGUUUUUGUACUUUUGAACGCUAUCGCAUUGCCCGUCAGUUUGCUCUAUUGACUGGACAUGUGACUGCAUGUUACAAAAAAUAAAUCUUGUCUUGUUUUGAUCAUUUUAACUCUCAGGCAAUUGUUUGCAUAUGAUAGUGGUUCUCUGAUGAAGUCAAUAUAUUUCUUCUCCUGGUUCACCUUAAUCUUGCACCGAAUGGCCGAAUUAUCGUGCCUUUUCUUUUGUAACAGUGUGUUUUUGCACCACUCACUUUACAGAGAUUGAAAUUAGCUUUUAAUAUAAAAACAAUGCAAUACAUAUGGCAUAGUUAUAUUCUUGUCUGUGUUACACUGUUAAAACACUGUCUCCUGUAAUAUGCCUCUUAGAGGCACAUAAUGGGUAUCCUUACACUGUGUGAUAGUACUGUUGAUGGCAUGGGUGCAAGGCUGAGGUGGAGGAUGCUUGUAUAACUUCAGAUUCUGGCAUCUGGUAGUGUUAAACAUUCAGACUAAAAAAGGUUCAGGCUUUGUUUGCUGCCUCACUUAUUGUACAUCUUAAAUUGCUUGUGCAUUUUUUAUUUAAAUGUUUAUUUAAACCAUAUUAUAAAAUCUUUAACGUUGUGUUUUGUUAUCCAUGUUCAUUUUUGUGCACGUCAUGUUUGUUGUUAAAAGCCACCUGAAGUGAAAAUAUCAUAGAAAUAUAAUGAACCACUGAAAGCAUUAAGGGUUUAAUUAUAAUGUCAUUAUCAAGUGCUGUCAGACACCCGAAUCUGUUGUUUAAUUUUUGUCCAAUUUCAAAACUGUUCCAAGUAUUAAAUCUAGAGUGUGUUUUUUACUAUGGCGAAUGAUAUUUGCUAUUUACAUGUUCAGAACUGGAAACCCAUAUCAAAUAAAGUAGAAAAAUAAAA